AUUUAUCAAGGCGAUUUCGAGCGCAAUUUUCGAUAGAGGAGCGUAUUUAAACUUAGGUCAGGAGAUGGUGUGACUUAUCCCAAGAUAUUUUCUCCUCUCCUCAUGCUUCAAGAACCUAUUCUUCAUCUUAGUUCAGAAAAAGAAAACCUUAAUUCUGCAUUUCUUCCUACUAUAACUCAUCCUAAGAAGAAAACUGAUAAAUCUAAUACUGAAGAUACCAAGAGUUUUCAUAAAGCCUCUACUCAGGAUAAAAAAAUGCCAGGAAUUUCAACUCUACCUCGUACUCAUGGUCAUUUCAGAUCUGGGUCGACAAAUACUGAUUCUGUUUUUGUUCGCCCGAAUUCCCAAGUAUCCUGUAAAGCACGAGCAGCUGAUGAGCCCACGCUAAAAAAGUCCUCUAGCUAUCAAAAUAUCAAAAUAGCCAAUUCUGGGAAAAGCCAGACAUCUAUGCAUUUAUCAAACCUUCAGGCCACUACACAGAGUAAAAAACGAAAUAUGAAUAGCAAGCAGAAACACCACGGUAGUGUAGCCAACAUCCCAACAGUUUGUUCCAAAAACACUGAACUUACCUCUUCUGAACCACACUUUCAAACUCAUCUCAAUACUCAGUCUAACGCCCACCGCAUAUCUGUAAAUAGUGACUUACUUUCACGCGUAGAGAGGGAGAAAAAACAGUAUGAAGCUCGAAUAUCCGAGCUGACGCAAGUUACAGAAACGCGUAAAAUGGAAAUAGAAAAGUUAACGUUUGAAGUCCGUCGAGCUAAAGAAGAGGCAUCAAAAGCUUUGUUACUGGUAGAAGAUGCUAAACUUGAAAAUGCUCAACUCAGAAAUCAAUUAUUAGCUCUUGGAAGUCCAUGUAAGAAAGAUGGCGAUCAAGGUUGCACUGUCGAAACACAUCAGAACCCAAAGCAAAAUUCAAUAAAUCCUAAUUCACGCAAGCCUUUCACAUAUACUUCAUCUCCUCCGGAAUCACUUGGUACAACUACACGUUUAACUCCAGGUGGAGCCACCACCGUACUUACUGGAGCUGUCACUGCCAGCUCAAGAUCGAGUGAGUGGAAUGAUACUGCUACAGGAUUUGAUUUAUGUUCUGCAGAAGAUUCUGUGACAUAUAGUGCUAAUUAUCCUGGUGAUCUGGAAAGUCUUAGAGGUAACAGAAGUCAAAGUGAAAACGCCGUUGUCAGUGUGGCUACUCUCCAAGGACGUCUAUUGCAAAUGGAAGAAGCCAAUUACACCACUAAUGAAGAACUACAAGCCACGUUACAAGAACUUUGGGAUUUGCAGCGAAGCCUAGAUGAGGCUCAUGAAGAAGCUCAUAGUCUUGCCUUUGAACGUGCAAUCUUGUUAGAAGCUCUUGCUACACAGACUUCAAAACUGGAACAUUGUCGAUUUCAAAUUGAACAAUUAAAACACUUGUUACUUACAGAUCGCAGCGCCCAAACGCUUGGUACACGAGAAAAUCACUUUUGUGAAUUAUAUGCCUCCAUUGAACAAGAAAAACAAGUGCUACUGGGCCAAAAUAAUGAUCUGGCACAAAGUUCAGAAAGCCUGGCACGUGAGUGCCGUAUUUUGACAGAAAAAGCAUCAGCUUUACAGGAUAGUUACGAUGCACUAGAAGCUGAACAUCAUUCUUUGGAGAAAGUAUAUCAAUCCGUAUUUUCAGAAUUAAAUUCACUUAAAUGCAAAGUAUCUACAGAGUGUCAUAGAUGUUCAGUCAGUAAGCAAGACGAUGCAUCAAGUCAACUGAAAGAAGUUAGUGUGGCUAUUCAAACGGAUAGUUUCUUUUUUACUGAUUCAGUAAGAAGUCAACAAUCUCCAUCAAUUAAUGAAAAUCAGAAAAAGUUUAAUGAAAUCACUAGUGAACUACAUAAAAUAAAAGAGAAGUAUGAAAUUUUGCUAUGUGAUCGUGAACGAGAACAAACUGAGUGGAGACUGUAUGAACGAGAUUUACUCAAAGCUGUUCAAGUGGCUGAUGGAAUUAAAACAGAAUCUGAACUAGAGUCCCGUCGUUUAAAUUCAGAAAAUUCAUCUUUAAAAGAGCAAGUUGAGAAAUUAACAAAAGAAUCCAAUCAAUUAAAUUCGGAAAUUAGACUGUUAAAGGAGAAGAUCAAUUUAUUAUCAUCUAAAAAAUCUGACACUGAACAUUCAGUUGUUGAUAACCAUCAAUCAAGUAGACUGGAUAAACAAUGCAUUGGUUCUGCAUCAUUCCCAUCCUCUGUAACAAAUCAAUCAGUAUUAUCAACUAAUGCACAAAAUGUUUGUGCAAAUGGUUCCACCACUUCUACUACUAGUUCUUCUGCUUAUCUUACAACGCACAACACAUCAUCAUCAUCUUCGUGUCGUCUGCCACCAGGCGCAAUAACAGAUAGUACUUAUCCUGGACGUAGUAGCAUAAUGCAUUCUUACUCUACGCAUCGUCCCUCUGGAUUCAAUCAUACAAGUCAUUUACAUCCAACAUAUCCAGGUUCACCGGGUGCACCAGGUCGACCUAGUGCAUUGUCCACUGGUCCCACUGUACGCAGUUUAAUUCAAAGCAUUGAAAAUCAGGUCAAAGCGGUACAACAUCAAAAACGCAGUACAUCGUCUGUAUCUGUUAAUAAUACACGUCCUGUUCGCUUAUAUACUAACAGUACAAACAAUGGAACAACAAAUAACCGACAAAAUGUUUCACAAUGUUUAACAUUAAUGUCACCUAUUGGUUAUCCUGGAAAGUCAAAUAAUACCUCAAUUGGCGGUGCUGGUGGUGGUGGGGGUGCCGCAGGAGGAGUUGGUGUUAAUGGAAAUACUAGUGGUACUAAUAGUAGUAGUAGUAGUAAUAAUGGUGGCAGUAAUAAUGUUGUCGGCAGUAUGGUUACAGCAAAGCCAAGAACAACUAUCACUGAUCCUGUUAUCCCAUCAGAAAUAAAUCAUAAAAUAAAAAAUCAAGAAAAUACUGAUUUAAACUUAAUGCAUUCAUCAGCACCCGGUGGACCAAGUUCAACUAUACUUAGCAGUACUAAUCAAAAUUCAAUGAAAAAAUAUUCAAUUGAUAAUAAUCAACGUAAUCUUAAAACACCACUUGGCACAUCAACUAUUAUGAAUUCAACUGGGACAACAGUAUUUACAAAUUUAAAUCAAUUUACAAAGACAGAUUCAAAAGAUGUUUUACUCAGACGAAAUAAUAGUAUUUGUGGACCAAAUGUGAAGAACAAUGUCGUCGCAAAUACUGUCACCGAAAGUAGUAAUUCAACUGCAAGUGGUGUUCACCAGUCAUUGAAUGCUGAUACACCGUCAAAUACCCUUCUAACUAAUACUAAUGGAUCAUUUGAUAAAAAUAAAAAUGAAUCACCAAUGCAUAAUAAAGAAUCACCACCUAGAAAAUUAGAAUUAAUCAGUUUACGACGUUUCACUUCACCAACAAUAACAGAUAAUAAUAAAAGCAAGGUGAAUCAUACUACUACUCAUCUUAAUGAAAAUGUUAAUCCAUAUCUAAAUGAAACUGAUAUUUCACCGAAUAGUCUAAAUGAGAAUCUACUAUCUGUUGAAGCAUCCAAUGAUCAUUCAAAUACAUCGACUAGUUUCCAUAGUAGUAUUCACCAGGUGUGGCAAGAUCCCUUACAAGAAUUGGCAAGAUUAACUGGUGCUGGUUCUAAGCGGAAUGCACUUCUACGCUGGUGUCAAUCCCGCGUAUUAGGUUAUCCAGGUGUUGAAGUGACUAAUUUCUCCAGUUCCUGGAAUAAUGGUUUAGCCUUCUGUGCACUGUUACACACCUAUGUUCCAUCGAAAAUCCCAUGGAAUGAUUUAGUCACAUCGAAUGGUUUACCUGUUGAUAAACGACGCUGUUUUGAAACAGCAUUCAAAGUUGCUGAAAAUGAAGGCAUCCCAACCACUUUACAACUACAAGAUAUGCUUACAACAGAACGACCUGAUUGGAGUUCUAUUAUGACGUAUAUCACUUCAAUUUAUCGUCACUAUGAAGUUGAAGCAUUGAAUCCUUCUUCACCGACUGGUACAUCCACUGGUAUCCCUUGAUUUCUUUUUUGUCUACCCCCCACCCCCUUCAUGCUUACCUUCUACCUGUCUCUUUCAAUUAUCACCUCAUUUUCUUAUCCCCUAUUUUUAUUCCAUGUGAAUAUUUAUUACAUAUACCUCUACUUUUCAACUGAAACUAGAGUGGUAAAAUGAAGCUAUUUUGGUUUUAAUUUCUUUUGAUGACACUAUGAAAACAGCAAUCACACGCACAGUAUAUAUGUAUACAUCACUUUGUCUUCCUUUAUAAAAUAAACAACUUGUUUAAAUCAGCGCGCGCGGGACAAUCAGUCAAUUGAUCUAUUUUCGUGGCUCAUUGUUUGUUUAUCCUUUAGGAACCUUUUUUGUCGCUAUCAGGUAACAUAAGUUGUUUUACUAUUAUUAUUAUUAUUACCAUUAAUUAAUUGUGGUUAUCACUUAUUUUUGUCGUUGUCAUCGAUUGGUUUCGCACCCAAUACUACUUCUACUACUAGUAGCAUAUUACCACUUCAAUUACUAUUACGACCUUGUGUUUGUCAAUUUAUAGUCUCCUUCUCUUUCAUUUAUAUUCUAUUUUCUUCCACAAGUUGAGGCUUGAAUGCCUGUGUGUGUAUGUGUGUGGAUGAAAUUUUGUCCUCUGAUCAUCUACACAGACAAAAUUCGAAUCCCUCAAUUAAUAAAUAAGCCAUAUAACCGAGUUAUAAUGUGCUAUUGUUUCCUUUUUUAUCCUCCCGGUUGUUUUCCUUGUUUCUAUUCAAAUUCAGACUGUAUUUGUGUGUGUGUGUGUGUGUGUAGAGAGAGAGAGAGAGAGAAUGACAAUUCAACAAUUUGUAAAUUAUUUACUAACAGGUAUACGCACUAAUUGCGUGUUGUACCCAAUAAAUUUUAUUUUGAAAAAUGCUUGCCUC